UCGCACGCUUGUGUAGUGUGUAAUCUGCAGCUCUUGCAUCAGGCUCUUGGAGACACAAUUGGCUCAGAUUGCCUCGCGGCCCGCCUACUGUAUGAGUCUGUGUAUUGACUGCGCUGUGCCUCGCCUUGCCUAGCUGAUGGAGAGGAAACAGUCUCUCUCUCUCCUUUUCCUUCUCUCCCCCUCCCCGUUAUCACUCCUUUCUCUCCCUCUCCCAGGAUCCUAUCCGGCCUCUCCCACUGCAGUCUCUCUCCACCGGCCUCAGUCUCUGACCUUCAGAUAGCCUGGGACCAUGCAAGCCUGUCUGCCCAGGUCAUAUCUAACUCCGGUGAGAGAUGAGGAGGCAGAGUCUCAGAGGAAGGCCAGGUCUCGCCAGGCCAGGCAAACCCGCAGAUCCACACAGGGUGUGACCCUGGCUGAACUGAAGGAGGCUCAGAGGACCUACAGCCUGUCUCCUCUGGACAGAGACAGACAAACAGAGGAUGGAUGUAGCAGACUGACUGACAGGUCCUGUCUGCGGGGGGGAGGGUCUACAGAGGACAGAGGAGAGGCCAGGUCCAGCCUGGUCCAGUAUAUGGAGACAGAGGAUCACAGUCCUACAUGGAGCAGGGAGGUAGACGAGCUUGGAAAUCAUAGAUCAAGGCUGGGGACCAUGGAGGCAGAGCAUUCCACUGCAGGACCAGGGCUCACAUCUCCCUCUGCCAGUGGGCUCUAUACCCUGCCUUUCUCCUCCAGCCUGGCCAACCGCACAUUCUCCAGAGAAGGUGAAUGGAAAGAUGAAAACCAGAACCCUGUUGAGGAUCCCUCCAAACGUGGCCUCGCCACAAGAGAGAAACAUCUUUGCUUCUGUGACCAAGAGGCAGAUGAAACCUACCAGACUUUUAAGCAUGACAGGGCAUCAAGGUUGGACUCUGGUGGUGGGGACAGCAAGGCUGAACCCCUGGGCAGAACCAGCUCCUACACACGGAGGGAGACCAGACUGGCAGCAUUGAACAAGCAGGAGGAUGACACCAGCCCCAGGGACUACAAGAAGAUGUAUGAAGACGCCUUGGCAGAGAAUGACAAGCUCAAGUCCCGGCUGGAUGACAGCAAACACGAGCUGACCAAGAUCCGCUCCCAGCUGGACAAAGUCAACCAGAAACAGGACAGAAUAGCUGAAAGAUCCACUGUACUUGAAUCAGAAAAAAGGGAAAAACAGGCUCUGGAGAAGAGGGUAACAGACAUGGAGGAGGAGCUCAAGGUCUUGACAGAGCUCAAAUCAGACAACCAAAGACUGAAGGACGAAAACGGAGCUCUGAUUCGUGUCAUCAGCAAGUUGUCCAAGUAAGAGGGUGGUGCCCCCUGUCAAAGUCAGACACUUCCCUGAUGCUUGCAACGUGUCACUAUCAUUAGCAUUCGGUACCCUCCCACCCUGACACUGAACCAUGGUGAUUAGUGACACCUACCUGCUAGCUGUUCUCAGAGGCAUGGUGAGGAACCUUCCAAAUCCGGAUGACCCCUGCCUCGACCCUUGACCUCUAUGCUCUUAGGCCCACUUUAUACCAGUAGGUCAAAGGUGCGAAGAGCAUAUAGCGUCCGCACAAAGAGAGUGUUGGUCUGGGGUACAGUAAACUGCGAAGCUCCAGACCAGCAAUCUAAACAAUAUCACAUCCACAUAUUUUACCUGUACAUCACAAACAUACUGUAUUUAUUUUGUGCUUCAUUGUGCAUUGCAAAAACAACUUUAUUUUUCUCAAACUACUGAAAAAGCACUCAUAGGAAUUACUUUCAAUAAUCUUUCAUUGCAGUGAUAACAUUACACAUUGCCAUGAAUGUUUCUGAUGUGAGAUGUUGUGACUUGUUUCUGAUUCAUCUUUAUGGUUUGUAGUUCAAUUUCCAUCACAGACCCUUUUCUCUGAGCUGCUCAUUAGUGUGGUCCACUAUAGUCUCUGAGAUGUCAUACUUGUCACAUUUGUUAGAUAUUUUAAUAAUUUAUUUAUGCAUUUUUUGGUUUAAAAUCUUUGAACUUAUACUCAACUAUAUUUGUACCAAUAUAGUAUUAAUAUGUAUCCUAUGAAACCGUACCGUUGGAGCCCACACAGUAACUUAUGUUGCAAGAUGGACAGCCUCUUUUCUUUUCUUUCAAGUGAAACAUGUACAUGAUUUGUAAUGCAGAUGGCACAGGGAACAACAUACAAGGGCCUUUAUGUGCCUUUCCUUAAAGACCAAUACAGCUAUCAGUCUAAUGAACUGUACGUAUAUUUAAAGACAGUAUUUAUGUUGAAAUAACUUUACCAUGUAUGUAUGUAUAUGUUAUAUGAGACCGGAAUACUGACAUUCUACUUGUACACACAGCUGUGGUUUGAUCACUUGCUUAAUAAACUAUAGAUGGUUAAAUAUAUAA